CAAAGCGGCUUUCCACUUUGUGAACCAAAACCGUUCGAGGAAGCUUCCCGUGCAACCUACGUGAGGAGUUGAGAGGAUAAAAAAAAGGGCUUGCAAAUUGACGUUCAGCGGGAGAAGAGCAGCUUGUACAGUCAAAUAAAGAUAUAUAUGUAUAUGUAUAUAUAUGUAUCUUUUUUUGUUGCAUCCCCGUUCGAUACGCAUUGCUUAAAGUCUCAGCUUAAAUUGGCAUUAUGCUUAUUUUACGAGCCAACUAGCAUUACCCUACAUAGGGCAUUACAGCAUAGCAAUGUGAUGAGUACGUGUACUGCUCCGUUUGCACAGCUUUGAUGGGUUGCAUGUACAUCCUCCACCUUUCCAUACUGCCCCAUUUUUAAGUCGAUAGCCCCAGCCGACUGCGCAUGAGCAGCGUUGUUUUGGGGCAGACUUUUUUUCUCUUUUUUUUUUUUUCCUCCCCGCCGCUUAACACAGCAGUUGUGGAGCCAUUUGGAAGUUUCCCAAUCACUCAACGUUGGGUGGUGUAUAAGAUUGCCCCCAAGAAGCGCACACCUGUGUGGGUACAUCUACAUAGAGAGGAACAAACGGGCGAAGUGGCGCCGUACAGCUGGAGAGACCUGUCACAUCGACGUCGCCCCGCGCAAGACAGUCGCAACCCACGAGCAGAUCGGCACCCCCGCUUGUGAGCAAUUCCCACUUGUGAGAAGUUCCCACCUGUGCGUACUACCCCUCACCUGAAACAAGAAAGAAAGAAAAAUGAGUAGAUGGGAAUUCAACCUCAAAAAGUAUGACGAAAAAUGUGAAGGCAUGACGGAGCCCUUUGGAUAUAAAUUCGAGAAGGACGUGAGGGGAGCGUACGGAGGUGGAGACAGCUACUUGAAGGUUGAAAAAAAUAUAAACAAUUUAAAUAAAAUUAACAAAAGCGAAGUUAACAAGUCAACCACAUCAACUGCGAUCAGCGAAAAGGUGCUGGACAAAAAGGCUUGGGGAAUUUGCCUUAAUGCAUUCAAAGGAUUAGUGAUGAAUAUAUUUGUUAUGUUCAUGUCGGGAGGCGCGUCAGGGAUUUUUGGCAUCAUUUUUAUUGUGUACUCAGUUUAUAACAUUUUAAAAUCGUUACUUAACAUCAAUGAUGCGUUUAAAAGUGUGGAAAAUAAUUCCAACCAGAAAUUUUGGGCACAGAAAUUUUGCUUUGCUCUUUUAAAUUUUCUUGUUUUUCUUUACAUUAUGAAUGUUUGCUCCAACAGUGGGCUACUGCCCAUACGGUCUGCUGAUUAUUUUUACUUCAUUCCUCACCAGACGAUUCGGCAGAAGGCCAUGUCGACUGUUUUUUAGUGCCGGCCGCUUCGUCCGCGCGUUUGGCAUGCCUUUGGCGUGCGCUUGGCGAAAUUUUCCUUUACCUGUCACUUCACCCCGGCAGCUUUUUCUUUUCCUUUUUUUUGUACAAACUCGACCUUUUUUUUUUAACUUUCCCAAAUGUUCAACAC